CUUUCACAAAUUGUUUGGAAAAAAAAAAAAAGUGAUAUUUGAGUCGUGGUUAGAACUAUUCAGUUUACCAUGUCAGGUGGUCUGAGCUUUGGAAAAGCAUGAAAAUAUGGAAUUAUAAUAAUAAUGUUUAUUAUUUGAAAAAAAUGUAGGUAUAGACUCAUGCUCAAGGACAAAGGUUAUUAUUAGAGGUGACUAAAUGGAUGGCUGUUUGAUUUGGAAUUAGUCUGAAAAGUCAGGUGGCACAACCAGUAAAUGUCAAAUGGUGCAAAGAGACCAGCACAGUUUAAUAACUGAUAUAAGCAAAUAAAAGCUUUAAUAACACUCACUAUAUUUAAGAUAUAAAAUGCAUAAAGAUACAAAACGCAAAUAUAUAUACACAUAUAUAAAAAUGCACGUUUUAAUAAGACUUUUAAAAAACUGUCAUUUUGAAAACUUUGUCAUUGACCUGUGCGCAGUGUCCACCUGCUGGCAGAUGGUAUCAAGCUGGGACAGUGAAGGCUAGCAUGUGCUUCCUCUGAGACACAUAAAGUCAACACAUAUUUUCAAACUUCUGUUAGCAUAACACUCUUAGAGGACAACGCUAACCGCCGAUUCCAUUACGUCAGCUAACAGACGCAGGUUUUGGCUAGCAUAGCGCUGAGGGAUGGGGCAGAGGAAGGGCCAUCUUACUCUCCCAGAGAGAGUCAGACCAAGGCCCAAUCCCAAUUCUUAUUUUUACCCCUACACCUUUGCCCUUUGCAACUGAGGUAUAAGGGGUUGUGGCUGAAAUCUUUCUCGAUUUACGAAAUAGGACAACCUUCCAAGAACCCGACACAUCAUUAGUAGCUGUUAUUGGCUUUUAUUUAAACAGACAUGACAAGUUUUGCCAGUCAAACCACACUGACAAGUCUGUGCAACCUAAACAAAGACCUGGUCAUGAUUUGAGCAGGCUGUGAGAAGUUUCGGUGAUUUUUGCAGAAACAUUUUGCGCUAUUUGGAUUUCUCGUGUUUGUUAGCGACAUUAGCCUCGCAGCUCUAGCACCAAACCAAGGAAGCAAAAUUGGGACACAAACAUGUCCUUGUUAAUCACCAAUAUACAUCUGUGGUAAGUGUAAAACUGUGUAAACUAGAUUUCUCACUGAACCACUUCUUUAAGAGUGUUACUGUAAUACAGUUCCAGUCAAAGUUUUUAUGAGAACACAACAGAAGCACUCAGACGUGUGCUGUCAAACUAGAUUUUUAAUUCUAUUAAAAUCUGGACCCAAAAAUUCUUCACAAACAUACACCAGACAUUCGUUUUAAAGCUUUAAAGGGGAAAGAGGAUGGACAGUGAGAGCAAGGUCAUGGCCUGGAGUUACAACAGCAGAAAGGACAUCAUAAUAGAAUUAAACAUAACACUGAAUAAGAAUCCCUGGGGCUGUUAGACACUGAGGGACUGUCCAUGUCAGAGAAUAAUGUGGGGGAGAAAAAUGACAAAAACACUCACAGAAGCUUAAAUUACAUCUCAACAUUCAACAUGAACAUUCACUGUAAACUUACUGUACUUAAAAUACUGUAAAACAGUAUUAUUACUCGGCUCGGCCACUCAGCACAGACUCAGUGCAGCAUCUGAGAACCGUUUGGCCUGCAGAGAGAAGAUACACUCUUCAAAACAAAGGCGGCAAAAGGAUGACCGAGAACCACUUUUUGGUUCCCAGUGGAGAACCAUUUUCCAAUAAACUUCCAUUGAAGAACCCAAAGUUUCUAUACCGAUUACAGGCUUUUUUAAGAACCGUCCAUUGCUGUGCAAGUUAGAGACCACCUUUCAUUUAUUUAAUGUUAAUAUAAUAUCAACAUUUGCAAACUUUCCCUUUGGCUUUAUUACAGCUCAUUCUUUUCACUUUCAAUUUUUUGGAAAAAUCUGUACGAAUAUAUUUACACACUUUCACAGUUCAGUCUUAGAAGUUGUUUUUGCAUUUUCUGUUUUUUGGACUCUCUUUGGACUAGUUUGGGCGCCCCCGGUCAGUUGACCUGCUUUUAUUGACUUUCUAAUUUAAAAUUAGAAUGUCAUAUUUAAUUUUUCAUCACUGUAGAUUCUGUUAUUUUCACUCAACAAAACAUCUAAUUGGACUCGAGGAUGUUCAAACUAUUGCAUUUGAACGAAUGCAAUUUUUAUUAUAGUCUUGCAGUCAAUUAUCAACAGUUUUGAUACAAUGCAAGUUUUGAUGCAGUUAAUAUGACAAAGUUUUAAGUAGGGAAAUUUUACAGAAUAACAUGAAGCUUAGAACUGCUGUGACAUCACAAGCACAAAUAACUGGCAGGCUGGCGCACUGUGUUAACAGUUCAAGUCACAAGCCAGAAAAAUACAAACUUGUGCUUUAGCCAAAAAAGGCCCAUACCUCAAUUUAUACCUCAAUAGACAAUUACAAUUUAAAACGUAAUCGCAAUACUGCUCAGAAAAAUCGCAAUUAGAUAUUUUGCCUAAAUCGCUCAGCACUAUAUUCUGUAUAUCCUCAGAAAUUUUCUAAAAAGUGAACAACUUGUACUUAAUUGCCAUUUUGACUGGAAAGGACGGAGGCCUCUGACCUCUGCACAGUACAGUAUGCCCACGCCAAGAGCCGUUUUAUUUUUAAGAGUGUACCUCCACGAGUUGGACAUGCAUCAAGAAAAAGAAAGCAUAAGAUGGAGAUGAGAGGUUCCCUCAUAAGUACACUCUGGAAAGACUAUUGCCUGUACAUUGCAUAGUUUAAUUCAUUUACAUUUUCACGCUCUGCCCACCACACACAUCACAUGAUGCUUUGGCCGUGCACCGUCUCUCCCAUAAACACACACACACACUGUGUAUGAGGUAUGGGAUAUGAGUUCUAAUAUACAUGCGAGAAUAAAGGGAGUGCUAGAGCAAAGAAAACUCAGAUUAACCCUUAGAAGUCACAGCUAUUGCCAAACGCAGAAACAUGGUGUAAUUCCAUAAUUCUAUAUCAAUUAUUACUCACUCAGAGCUCAUUUUAACAAGCUGUCGAUACUUUCAAUCAACACCAUGAAUGUGCUACUUAGCAAAAACACUAUACUUACAUUUUUGCCAAGUUUGUCAGUGCUUGACAUCAGAACAAAUAGAAAAAAGAUAUAAGUGCAGAUUCAAAGCUGUUGAAACAGCUGUAAAUUGAUUAUUAUAUCGUGUAAUUCGCUAUGCAAAUUAAAAUAUAAUUACAUAAUUACAUCUCAACAGUAAGGGAGGGCGGAGCACAACCACAGAGAGUGUAACAACCCUGUAUGUAAUUAAACAGAUUCAAGGUGAAGCGCUUUUGGCCAUCUUGUCUUCCCAUAUCAUAUAUUUUUAUUUUCAAUUAUGCUAUUGAAUAUUCUAUAUGAAUAAGGAAAGCCAAGAUAUGUGAUUCACUUUAUUACAUAAAAAAAUCUUACCUGUGUUGUUAUUAUUUAUUAAUGAAAAAGCACUAAAAUGUAACUGAAAAACAUCACUGAUAAACUAUUGUCAUAGCAAGUAGCAUUAAACAAGGGAUCCUGCCCAACCUGGCAACCCAGACCAGGUUGCAACGUUUGCGUGUUGAGCAUCUUAGUGGCGGAAAGGAAAGUGUCUUUACAACCUCACUGAGUGUUUACAUGCACUCAAUAAUCCGAUCAUAAUCAGAUUUCUGCAGUUACCUGAUUAUUCAAAUUGUCAUGUAAAGAGCACACGCUGAUUUCUUAGAUCGGAGUAAGGUCUAGAGAUCUAAUUAAAAAAACUGAUAAAGAGGCUGGAUUUUAGCUCAGUAAUCAGAUUUCUCAGUGCAUGUGAACUCUUACUCUGAUUUCUUUCAGAUUCCUCAGUCUGGGCAUGUGUGAAACAGACAGCGGUACCGGAAAUAAGUGAGCAGCGUCACUGGAACCAAACACGAAAUGAAGGACUUCAAUAUUCUUCAUCUUCUAGAUGAUGUAUGUUUUUAUUUUCAGAAUAAACCUGCACUAUAUAAGUAUGGGGGAUUUGGAGACCUCUCUGGUGGAAAGAUGUAACUGCAUGCAGCAUGUGAAAGAACAUUGUAUGGUGGACCACUUCCCCAAGCAGACGAAUCUGAUGACUGUGAGCGCAAUGAACAAUAAUUCAAUGAGAACUUGGUGAAAGAUGUGUCUUCUGAGGAUAUAUCAUGGACCCUGGUUCCUCUAUAUGGCACAUCAUGACAUUUUCUCCAAUGGAGGGGCAUCCAAUAGGAAACCUCCCCACAUUAUCACAGAGAAGCAGCCAUGUGUGUCUGUCCUGGGUGUGAAGCGCAGUAACAUCAUCACCAUAGCCCUGAGCAGUCUGCCCCCUCCCCACCUGCUCCCACCGGCCAUCUACAGCAUGGACUCCAGUGUUCUGGACAGGGAGGAUGUACAGAGGCUUCAGUCGCUGGUCCCCUCUGAGGAGGAGCUGAAUUUGAUUAAGCAGGCCAAGGCCCAGGCUUCCCCCUGUCUUCUGGCUCCUGCUGAGCACUGCCUCCACAUUCUGGGCAACAUCAAACACCUGAGCUCCAGGCUUCAGCUCUGGGCCUUUGCGCUGGACUACGAUGCAUUGGAGAGGGAAAUUGCGGAGCCUCUCUUUCAUCUGAAGCUUGCAAUGGAGCAGCUAGCAGCCAAUCAGACGUUCCGAUGCAUACUGGCAACAGUACUCGCCAUCGGCAACUUUCUAAAUGGUUGCAAGGCCCGAGGGUUCGAGCUGAGUUAUCUGGGGAAGCUCUCUCAGGUGCGAGACACACACAGCCGACAGCCACUGCUGCACCACGUCUGUGUGCUGCUGCUCCAGCUCUACCCACAAUCCUCAGAUCUGUACUCCGACAUCACAGCCGUCACUCGAGCCAGCAAGUGUGAUUACUCACAGGUCCAGUCCAAUCUUGAUCAGCUGGAGUCCCAUUGCAAAGCAUCCUGGGAGCAGCUGCGUCUGCUGGAGAAGGAUGGAGAGAAGAAGAAGGGGGGAGGAGGAGGAGGAGGAGGAGAGGAGAGGGGGACUGGAAAUGAGGGAUCACUCCGCCAGAGACUGCCCCACUUCCUGAAGGAGUGCGGGGAGAGGUUGAAGGUGCUCCGAGCUGUCCAUCGGAGGGUCAUCAACAGGUUUCACUCGUUCCUGUUGUACUUGGGCUACUCUCGCUCCAUGGUGAGGGAGACGAGUGCGGAUGCGUUCUGCAAGACGGUCAGCGAUUUCGCUCUGGAGUACAGGGCUGCCCGCCACGGCAUCCUCCAGCAGAGAGAGCGGGAGCAAGAACGGGAGAAGGAGCGAGAGAAGGACGAAGAGAGAGGGCGAGACCCCUCCACUCCGAAAUCCAAAGCCAAGGCUCUACAAAGCUCAUCUCAGCAGGACCACGAGGAACAGUCAAAGUUGGAGGAGGUGCUGAAGACUCCCACGUCUUCCUCUCGCUUUGACUUUAGUCUCCCCCGCCGCCGCAGCAAGACCCCAAACACCAGAGGUUCCCUUCCGCCAAGACUGAAGUGGUAGAGGAAACUCACUCCGUCGGUGUUCUAACGUCAACGUAUUCCACGUUCACAGCAGUUAAAAUAAAACUAAAUAGAAACUUGAAGUCGGAAUGAAAUGUUUGUUCAGUCUACAGUACUGCAGUAACUUGAAUCUGUCUUUUUCUCAAAUUUGUUUUUUAUUUAUUUCUCUUUUUUAAUGAUGUACCCGCUGGAAUAGAAGCAAAGCAGUCUGUCUUCUUCAGUAAAGUGUGUCGUGUCC